GGUGAGAAGUGCCGAAGCUUCAUUGAUCUGGCCCCGGCGUCAGAGAGAGGUGUGCUGUGGCUGUCGGUGGUUUCGGAGGUGCUGUACAUCCUGCUGCUGGUGGUGGGCUUCAGCCUCAUGUGUGUGGAGCUCUUCCACUCCAGCAACGUCAUCGAUGGACUCAAACUCAACGCCUUCGCCGCCGUCUUCACCGUGCUGUCUGGUCUGCUGGGUAUGGUGGCCCACAUGAUGUACACUCAGGUGUUCCAGAUCACAGUCAGUCUGGGUCCUGAAGACUGGAGACCCCACAACUGGGACUACGGUUGGUCCUUCUGCAUGGCGUGGGGUUCCUUCACCUGCUGCAUGGCCGCCUCCGUCACCACCCUCAACUCCUACACCAAGACAGUCAUCGAGUUUCGACACAAACGCAAGCUGUUUGAGCAGGGGCUGCGUGAGGAGCAGAACUACCUGGACCAGGAAGCCUUCCACUACUUCGGGGACCGCUCCCUCCAGUCCAUCUCCAGCACAGUGGAGGUCUACCCUGGACACGGCGCCCCCAGAGCUGGGCCGGGUCCUGGGCCGGGUCCGGGUCAGAUGCAUGGUAAAAUAAGGGGCACGUCAGCCUCCAUAGACCAUGGGGAGAACACGGACUCUCUGGGGGAGGAGCAGUGCUGAGGACUGGAGACUGACUGUUGACCUCCAGAACUUUUUCCUUGGUUUCCGUUUGCAGGAAUCAACAAACUUAACCUGAAGCAAAGUGGGAAAACAUGGACUAAAAGAUGAUGAAUGUUUUUGUUUAUUUCAAUGAUGUCAGUCUAAGAAAAAAAAAAAAAACUAAAUGGAAUGUGAGACGAACUGGGAUGGAAAGUAGAUUUUGU